UACGGGGACUGCAAGUUUUACAUUCAGUACAUGUUAACAUUUAGAUGCAUUUAAAGUGUGCCUCUCAUUAUAAGUCAUGGCUUUAGCACUGAGCACCUCAAAUCGUUGACAGUAUAAGAAAGGCAUUUGUGUGCAGCACUGUGCAGUAUACACCCAUUCUUUAUCAUAUGUAAACCCCAAACUGUUUGUAGGGUAUUCACAAGGGUUUUUCACAAGUUAUGCAGUUCCAAAUGAUUGAGAUUUGAUUCAACUUUAGGCAGAACACAAGUCUUCAAUGAAUGAAACUAUUCUUCAUAACAAGGAGGGUGACAUGUAUGAAAGGUCUCUCAGCUCUUAUGAGUAUGAGUUCAUAAUGAAGCGGCGACUGGAGGAUCAGGAAACGGUUUUUGCGUCCCAGCAGCGGCGCCUCGCUGGCAACGCGGAGGCUUUCCAGCAUCGUGUCCUGGCCUCUGCUCCAGCCCCAGCUGUGUAUGAGGCCGUGUCUGACAACAUGCAGCCCACAGCAGGCGUCCAGUACUCCGUCCCCCAGGGAUACCAGGUUCCCACCGUGGCCCAGAACAGUGGCGGGCACGGGCACACUCCGAGCCCAGCCGUCCAUGGCGGGUCACACCACCACAGUCCGGCAGUCCAGUCCCAUGGGCCCUCAGUGAUGUCAGGGCACAGUCAUACUGCUGCUCCUCAAGCCUCUGCACAGGGCCAGCAGCAGUUCCAGAGGCUCAAGGUGGAAGAUGCUUUGUCCUACUUGGACCAAGUGAAACUGCAGUUUGGCAACCAGCCUCAGGUCUACAAUGACUUUCUGGAUAUAAUGAAAGAGUUCAAGUCUCAGAGUAUUGACACCCCUGGGGUCAUCAGCAGAGUGUCACAGCUCUUCAAAGGUCACCCCGACCUCAUUAUGGGCUUCAACACCUUCCUGCCCCCUGGCUACAAGAUCGAGGUCCAAAAUCACGACCUGGUGAACGUGACCACGCCUGGUCAGAUCCACCACAUCACCCCGCAUGGUAUUUCAGUCCAGAACAUCCCCAUAACGGCAGCAGCUACCCAACAUCAGGCCCAGCUCCCGUCUGCUGCAACCACCACCGCUCCGCCCCUUCUGACGCAGCCCACCCCUGCCAAGAUGAGCAAGCCUCUUCAGCCCCAAGCGUUGACACCGAGCAGUCAGAGCAAUCCGUCCAUCCCUGCGUACACCUCUCCUCGCUCCCCGCCCAUGCAGCUCCAUCCGCCACUCAGCGGGACCCCCACUGGGCCACCCAUUCAGAACAACCAGCCUGUGGAGUUCAACCACGCCAUCAACUACGUCAACAAGAUCAAGAACCGCUUCCAGGGCCAGCCAGACAUCUACAAAGCCUUCCUGGAGAUCCUCCACACGUACCAGAAGGAGCAGCGUAAUGCUAAGGAGGCUGGUGGGAACUACACACCGGCUCUGACGGAGCAGGAGGUGUACGCUCAGGUGGCUAGGCUCUUCAAGAACCAAGAGGACCUGCUGUCAGAGUUUGGGCAAUUUCUCCCUGACGCCAACAGUUCAGUGCUGUUAAGUAAGACCACAGCUGAGAAGGCAGAGUCUGUGCGGAACGACCACGGCGGUACUGCCAAAAAGCUGCAGCUCAACAACAAACAGAGGCCCAAUCAGAACGGCUGCCCGAUCCGUCGUCAUCCAACUCCGGGGACCACACCCCCCGUCAAGAAGAAGCCCAAGUUACUGAAUUUGAAAGAUUCCUCAGUGGCAGAGGCCAGCAAGCAUGGAGUCGGAACAGAAUCUCUGUUCUUUGAGAAGGUGCGCAAAGCCUUGCGAAGUGCAGAGGCCUACGACAACUUCUUGCGGUGUCUGGUCAUCUUUAAUCAGGAGGUGAUCUCCAGGGCUGAACUAGUGCAGCUGGUGCUGCCCUUUUUAGGAAAAUUCCCUGAGCUGUUCAACUGGUUUAAAAACUUCCUGGGAUAUCGGGAAAUGUCCCACAUCGAAACAUACCCUAAGGAACGGGCCACCGAGGGCAUCGCCAUGGAGAUUGAUUAUGCUUCCUGUAAGAGACUAGGCUCCAGUUACAGAGCCCUGCCCAAAAGCUACCAACAGCCCAAGUGCACCGGAAGAACUCCACUUUGUAAAGAGGUCUUGAAUGACACCUGGGUCUCCUUCCCCUCCUGGUCUGAGGACUCCACGUUUGUCAGCUCCAAGAAGACUCAGUACGAGGAGCACAUCUACAGAUGUGAGGAUGAACGCUUUGAGUUGGAUGUAGUGCUGGAGACCAACCUGGCUACCAUCAGAGUCCUGGAGACAGUACAGCGGAAGUUGUCCCGUAUGUCUGCGGAGGAGCAGGCCAAGUUCCGCUUGGACAACACAAUGGGCGGCUCGUCGGAGGUCGUACACCGCAAGGCCAUCCAGAGGAUAUACGGAGACAAGGCGCCUGACAUCAUCGAUGGCCUGAAGAAAAACCCUGCUGUUUCUGUCCCCAUUGUGUUAAAGAGGUUAAAGACCAAGGAGGAGGAGUGGCGGGAAGCGCAACGAGGCUUCAACAAGAUCUGGAGGGAGCAGAACGAGAAGUAUUACCUCAAGUCUCUCGACCAUCAAGGCAUCAACUUCAAACAGAAUGACACCAAAGUGCUUCGAUCCAAGUCCCUGCUGAAUGAAAUCGAAAGCCUUUAUGAUGAGCGCCAGGAGCAGGCAUCUGAGGAGAACGCCUCUCCACCCACAGGCCACCACCUGACACUGGCAUACGAGGACAGCCAGAUCCUGGAGGAUGCAGCAGCACUCAUCAUCCACCACGUCAAGAGGCAGACCAGCAUUCAGAAGGAGGACAAAUACAAGAUCAAACAGAUCAUCUACCACUUCAUCCCCGACAUGCUGUUCUCUCAGCGCGGCGAGCUCUCCGACGUAGAGGAGGAGGAGGAAGAGGAGCUGGAUCUGGAGGAAGGCGCUUCCAAAAAGCACAAUGGCGUCCCCGGCAGCGGGAGCCCCUCCAAGUCCAAGCUGCUGUUCAGCAACACGGCGGCACAGAAGCUGCGUGGCUGUGACGACGCAUACAACCUCUUCUACGUCAACAACAACUGGUACAUCUUCUUGCGGCUGCACCAGACGCUGUGCUCGCGUCUGCUGCGGCUGUACGGGCAGGCGGAGCGACAGAUAGAAGAAGAGGUCAGAGAACGAGACUGGGAGAGGGAAGUCCUGGGAAUGAAGAAGGAGAAGAACGAUAAUCCAGCCAUUCAGCUGAGACUGAAGGAGCCCAUGGACAUUGAGGUGGAAGAUUACUACUCAGCCUUCUUGGAGAUGGUUAGGAAUUUGCUGGAUGGAAAUAUGGAGGCUUCUCAGUAUGAGGACUCGUUGAGGGAAAUGUUCACCAUUCACGCUUACAUCGCCUUCACAAUGGACAAGCUCAUCCAAAGCAUCGUGCGGCAGCUCCAGCACAUCGUGAGUGAUGAGAUCUGUGUCCAAGUAACAGACCUCUACCUCUCGGAGAGCGCUAACGGCGCCAGCGGAGGAACCAUGUCCACCCAGUCUUCAAGGAGCUCCGCAGAGGCCAUCUACCAGCGGAAAGCCGAGCAGCUCAUGUCUGAUGAGAACUGCUUCAAGGUGAUGUUUCUGAGGAACAGAGGGCAGGUGCAGCUCACAGUGGAGCUGCUCGACACAGAGGAGGAGAACUCAGACGAGCCCAUGGAGGCCGAGCGUUGGUCUGAUUAUGUUGGACGCUACUUAAACCCAGAUUCCACCACACCUGAGUUGAGGGAGCACCUCGCUCAGAAGCCAGUUUUUCUUCCCAGGAAUCUGAGACGGAUCAGGAAGUACCAGAAGGGCAGAGAGCAGCUGGACAAAGAGGCCUGUGAGGGUGGCAAGAAAUCCCUGGAAAAGGAGAAAAUGGAAUGCAUGUUCAAACUCAACUCUUACAAGAUGGUCUACGUCUUUAAGUCUGAGGAUUACAUGUACCGACGCACUGCCCUGCUGCGAGCUCACCAGUCACAUGAGAGGGUGAGCACACGGCUGCACAAACGCUUCCAGGCCUGGGUGGAUGCCUGGGCUAAGGAGCACGUCACCCGCGACAUGAGCGCCGAGACCAACAAGUGGCUGAUGGGCGAAGGGCGUGACGGCCUAUUACCCUGCACCACCGCCCGCCAGCCAGAGGUCCUUCACUUCAUGCACAUCAACAAGUACCGAGUCAAAUACGGCACGCCCAGCAAGGCGCCGUAGCUGAGGAGAAAUGGGGGGAGAGACUGAUUUCUGGGGGUGUUUGGUCUGAAGUCAAACAGGUCAGGAGUAGAGGUAGGGACGAGGGCUUAUUAAUGUGUUUUUAAGGCCGACAUGGGAGCACAAUUAAGCUAGCUACCGUGUAUGUUGCACCCGGGGCGGCAGGAUUACUGAUUUUACCAGCGUUUUUAGCUGGGCCCAUUUUUGCGCAGGGCCUUCGGUGCCAAAACUUAGGAAUCGUCAUGAUCCAGUCGCAGACCUGAGCUCUUACCAGCACUCAGAGCCACUUCUCAAACAAACUUCCCUGAGCCUUUUCGACAGGGCUUAGCGACGUAAACAGUGAGCCUGUGAGAGAUAGAGUGGUGCUUUUUGUACUUUAUCACAACUGAGCUUCGGUUUAGCUUUUGACUGACCAUUUUGUCUGAAGCCAUCAGAGUAAGAGCGCCAUCAAAAUCAGUGGUACAGGGAUUUCUUUAUGAUAGUGUUAUUCUACAAUAUCCAUGAAAAACAAUAUGGUGGACAAGUGCACUUAUUUAGGAAGAGGAAAAUGUCGUUUCAAAAGUUUUGUUUCCCAGAUUGAAGGUUUGGAAGGGAGCACAACAAAGUCUGAGAGAUCUGGUUCAGACAUUCCUGUGUUACGGCCAAAUCACAAUUAUGUACCUAUCACUAGACGGAAAGAGGGUUACAUUUCCUUUUUCCAAAACACAUGGCAGCAUUAUUAGAAACUGUGCCUGAGCCCCACACAGUAUUGUCGGGUUAACAUCAAAAAGCACUGUUACAUUUAUGUAAAAAAGAAAGAGGGGAAAGAAUUUGCCUCACAACACUGUUUGGUCUCAGACUGUAAAAUUGUAUAGCUUGUGAAUGUCAGAUACUGACAUGUAUUCCAGUGUAUGUGUUGUGUAUAUAUAUUAUAUAUAGUUCUAUUAACACAAAUGAUCCUAGCCGCCCUGGAAGUCAACCUUUUUAAACUGCCCUCCGCCAAUACACCAGCUUGUACACACAACACACACACACACACACACACACACACACACACACACACACACACUCGUCUCAUUCUGGGAGGACUGUCCACAUGCCGCUCAAGUUGUAAAUACACUGUAUAUAGUCUCAGACUUUUUAUGACAGAUCUGUGUUGUUGUGCUAGUAAUAACUUUCCAAGCUUACUGUGGACUUUAGUGAUAAAUGGCUAAAGUUAGUAUGUAUAUGAAAAAGAAAUGCAAGACCAUUUAUUACAGUUUUUACCAAAGGGAGUUGAUUAUAAAAAUAGCUGUUUUCCCCCCUUUGUGUGUUCCUUUAUGUCUUUUCUUUUUAAUUUCUGUAGUAAAAACGUGGAAAAGUAGAAAUGUAUCCAGGUCUUUGAGUUUUUAUAUAUGAAAAAUAUCUUCUUUUUUUUCUCUUCUGAAUGUGACAUUUGGUUGGUAAAAAUCAAUGCCCCCUUUUGACAACUGACACCGUCCGUGGUGAUGGUGGGACUCAUUUCAAAGUUCAGUCUUCAGAUGAACAAGACUCCACAACGGUCUCACCUUGUGAUUCACGCUUCCCUCCCUGGAUAGAUUUCUGCUGAAAACAUCACCCCGACACCAUAUUUUUGAUAAUGGAAGAAGUCACAAGCAUGUCUUUAGUCCCUUUAUUUAGACAUUAUUUAAAGUAAUAAUAAAAAUGACAUUUGUAGCCGACAGA